AUGGCAGGAGACGAGGAAGGUUCUCCGAAAGUGGUUGUUACGACGACGGAUUUACCAGUGGUUAAAAUAACCGCAGCAAACAUAAUUGGAAAUGGUAAUGCGUGUAAAGGUUCCGGUGAAAUAAAAGGUUCAAUUUUGGAAAAGGCCGAAAUCAACGAAGCCGUUUCAAAAGUUCUCCAGGGAUAUAAUUGGUCUUUAGUACCCAGUCCGACAAAGUAA